AUGGCAGUGGCCAAUGGCUCAGCUCAGCUGGCAGGCGCCAACCACCCGAUUGAGUGCUCAGUCCACAGCCCAGCCCAGCCCAGCCCAGCUCCUCUCAGCAGGCCGUCGCGACAUGAGAUCCCCUUCCCUUCAGUCUCCGCCCCCAGCCCAGUUCCAUCAUCUCCCCUCCACACGGUUCGCGACAUCCACAUCACCACCAUCGACGACCUGGACCACGCUGCUUGGAGACGCCUCUGCUACAUCUCAGGAAUGCGAUUCCGUUCUCGUUUCACCUUUGCUAACGCCUUUCUUCCACCCACAGACUCUGAGCAGCGGCGACAGCAACCACCGACGACUUGA